UUGCCAUGUGAAUUAAAGCUGCGCAAACGCGUCAACGGAACGGACAUCCAUCCUACUAUUACGAUGCUACGAGAAACACCAUAAAAAGAACCUCGCGAUAAUCGAUGCGACCCAGCAAUAGUUUUGGACCGACCAAUUGACCGUCUUACGAUCACUCGUCUCCAUUCCAAGGUGAUCUUCGGCCAGCAGGUCCCGACAUGCCUGAGCACCGCAACCCUUCCAGCGCACAUGUAGAUGCCCCCACCGAAUCACCGGACAGUCAUGACCAUGAAUGUCUGAGAUUGCUCUCCAGAUCUCCCCAUCCGUACCAACACCGCAAUCUAGACCGGUUCUCUCUGGAUGGCAAUUAUCCCCGAUCUGCGACUUCCUUCCCCGCCGUCUCAAGGGAACCCACACCAACGAGCGACAGCGGCACCGAGGCCGAUGAUGAACACUUUCUCAAGGGCCUGCCAGCUCCCAGAACGAGAGCGCAUAAGGGUUUGCGUGGGCGCAAUGAGUUACUCUCCGGAACAUCGACUCCGCUUCCAUCGCCAGCGCUGUUGGAAGAAGACCCAAGGAGGCUCUCGUACACACCGUCCUCCCUGAGGAAGGAUUCUACACCAGGAAAGGACGCGCGAGUUCUGCUCGAUUCAUCAUGGCGGACAAAACGGACCAAAGAGGUUGUCAGGCGGCUCACCGAAGUUGUAAUUCUCGGGUCUCUGGGCGCAGUAGUUCAAGCAAACGAGCAUGUCCGGCCCGUUCUGUCCAAGUGGCGCAUAGAGCUAUACGUUAGUUUGGGCUCUAUGGCCUCAUUGGUGCUGCUAUACCCGUUGAGAUUGGUGGUUUGGGGCUACCAACGUCGGUCAUCUUCUCGAAAGCUACCACUUUCGGUUCCAUCUGCGUUCGACCCGGCACCACUCCUAUACCCACCAGCCAUCACCCUCCUCGUGGCUUCGCUCAUAUCCGUUGAUAAUGAAGCCAUCCUUCUCCCCAACAUCGUCCUUGUCCUCUGUUCUCUCCCAUCGUCUUUAUUCCCGGCUCCCUUCAACAAUGAGGUUUGCAAUCCAGUGCACUGGGCCAUAUCUUGUGUGCCACUCUUCUUGUCGGGACCUGCUGGUCUCAUGCAAAAGGCAUCGAGCAGCAAUAAUGCGAAUUCUCAACAGGCAGUUGUUACGCCAGAAACUGCUAUUCUCUUCUACCCACUACAUCGUUACUUCUGUCAGACUUUACACACACUCACAACGACAAGUCUUCUGCCGGCAGAGCUACAGCUACUUUCAGUGACACUAAUCAACGUUCUGUUAUUGUCUUCAUCCCCGCAGGCAACGAUCCUGAAGGCCAUGCUAUGGGUGGGCGGGCUUCAAAUUCUCGUCCUUUGCAGUCAAGUCGUCAAAUGGGGCAUCGCGUUGGCGCGUGUACCAAAAUGGCGCUUCAGGCGUGCCGCAAGCCAGUCAAAACGCAACUCAUCAUUCCUCUACACUGUCAUGUCCUGGAGAAGAGUCCGUCACGAUUUGUUCCAUGCACCCAUGGACACCUCAUCCUGCAGCUCAUGCGAGGCCUUCGAUGAUCCAGAGGAUAGCGAUGAUAUAAGAUCAGCGCCGCCCAAAGGCCAUCGACUUUAUAAGUCUGGGACUUUUGAUGGGGCAGAUUCUACUGGUUUCGAAGGCAGCCAGAUGCCCGGCCUAGACGUUGCGGCUCAGGAGGCACGAGUCAGCCUUGCGGAAGCAAAGACAGUAUUUGGACAUUUCAGGAGGCAUACGCUCCCUGCCAUUGAGAAUAUACCCAAGAAAUCGCACACCCACACACCCUCGGGCCGAAAGAAGAGAUCAGCCUCCUCUUCUGUUCGGGCGUUUUUCUCCAUGACCUAUGAGCAGGCCACCACGAGGAAGUGGGUCUAUGCUUUCUACAUCUACGCCUGCAUAUUUGCCGCUGUCUUCCUACCUCAUAAAUUGGCUGGCGUGAAGGAGUUUGUGCAAUACAAUGCGCUGCACGGCUACGAACCCGUGGGAUGGGCACUGGGAUACCUCUUUGGAGACCUCCCUUGGUUCCGCAUGGAGGUACUGAGCAGGAACCUAGAAAGAUGGAUCUGUCUGCCAUCACGUCUGGAUGAGGAUCACGUCGAAGCGUUGCAACUGGGUUGGGUUCAGUAUCUUCGACAGGUCAGGUUCGGAGAGGCCAAUACGCGCCUUGUUUUGAGCGCAUAUUUCCUCUUUGUGAUCGCAUGUGGACUCUUGGUGGUGUUCCGACUGUCGCCCAUCUACGAAGUGGAUACCCGUCGGAAAGUUUUCCACUUCAUGAUGGUGGCCAUGUUCCUCCCGUCCAUAUACAUCGAUCCAACGUUUGUGGGCUUGGCACUGUCCAUCGUCCUCGCCCUGUUCCUGCUGCUCGAUCUGCUGCGAGCGAGUCAACUUCCACCCCUGUCAAAGCCUUUGGCAUACUUCCUGGCGCCGUACGUUGACGGUCGGGAUCUCCGCGGUCCAGUCGUCGUCUCGCAUAUAUUCCUCCUCAUCGGGUGCGCAAUCCCCUUGUGGCUAUCCCUCGCGUCCCUUCCGCGAACCGGCACGGGCUUCCUCGAGGGCUGGGAAGUGCCUACACGAGAAGUAAGCAUGGUAUCGGGCGUCGUUUGUGUCGGACUCGGCGACGCGGCAGCGUCCCUCAUCGGCAGGAGGUACGGACACAGGAAGUGGCUCUGGGGCGGAGGCAAGAGCUUAGAAGGCAGCGUGGCGUUUGCGCUCGCGGUGUUCGCGGGACUGGUGGCGGCUCAGCUGUGGUUAAGGAUCGGAGGAUGGUCGUCUCCGGGGGCGGGUCCCGACCCUUGGGGCGUCACGUUUCGGAAAACGGGCGUCUGUGCAAGCAUGGCCAGCCUUACUGAGGCGGUCCUUACGGGAGGUAACGACAAUGUGAUAGUCCCGGUGGUCCUUUGGACUUGUGUCAAAAGUCUCGGCGUUUAAGGCAAGUGGCAGAGACAGGACAGGGCAAAGGUUGUUUUAUUUCAUUUCAUUUGCGUGACUGGUUGGUCCAGAGGGAAAUGACAUGGCAUGGCUUGACAUGAAAGACAUCAUAGCGAUAUGGAAAUGGCACAAUAAAGAAAGGCUUAUACCAGGUCUCGAGGGCUGGAGACCAAAUAAUAGAGACAGAGACGCUGAUAUGACGGACGGACAGGGCUUUCAUGGUGGAAUGAUAUAAUUUACGACCACGUCAGACAUCUUGUAUUUUUUACUUUUUAUUUUCUGAACCAAUGUGCAAUGCGUCUAGUAGCCCGUCCACACCUCUAUAGACAAUCCAAACCACGUCCAACGAGAUGUGAUGUACUCAGCGC